AUGGAAAGCCGUCUGAUCGACAAAGAUCCUAACUUAACUGAGAUGAUCCCACAUGAGAGACCAGACACUCUUGGACCUGAAACUGGACCUGAACCCAGCUGUGUGUCCCUGAAAAGUGACUGGUCUAUGGAUCGACCUAUUGACUUCAAAGAUGGAACACAUUCCGAUCAACAAAGAUUGGAGCAGCAGAGAUCAGAGGUUCCCAUUGGUCACUCUCCUCAGCAGCAUCAGACACAGCAUGACUCCAUAUUUAUGUUAUAUUUUAUUCUGUUCCAGUUGCUGGAGCAAAACAUUGUUACUUUUGUGAAAAACGAGCUGAAGAAGUUCCAGAAGGUUUUGAGUCCACAUUACCCAGAAUGCUCACAGAGUCAGAGUGAGGAAGAGGAUGAAGAGCAGAGGAGCAGCAGAGAGGCAUUUCUUAAGAUCACACUGCAGUUCCUGAGGAGAAUGGACCACAAGGAGCUGGCUGACCGUCUAGAGAGCAGAACUAAUGCUGCAGUAAGCCAAUGGAAACUUAAAUGUAACCAGCAAAAGAAGUUCCAGUGUGUGUUUGAGGGGAUUGCUAAAGCUGGAAGCCCAACCCUUCUGAAUCAGAUGUUCACAAAGAUCUACAUCACAAAGGGAGGGACUGCAGAGGUCAAUGAUGAACAUGAGGUCAGACAGAUUGAAACAGCAUCCAGGAAACCAGACAGACCAGAAACAACAAUCAGACAUGAAGACAUCUUUAAAGCCCCACCUGAAAGAGAUGAACCAAUCAGAACAGUGAUGACAAAGGGAGUGGCUGGCAUCGGGAAAACAGUCUUAACACAGAAGUUCACUCUGGACUGGGCUGAAGGCAAAGCCAACCAGGACAUCCAGUUCACAUUUCCAUUCACCUUCAGAGAGCUGAAUGUGCUGAAAGGGAAAAAAUACAGCUUGGUGGAACUUGUUCAUCGCUUCUUUAGUGAAACCAAAGAAGCGGGAAUCUGCAGGUUUGAAGAGUUCCAGGUUGUCUUCAUCUUUGACGGUCUGGAUGAGUGUCGACUUCCUCUGGACUUCCACAACACUGAGAUCCUGACUGAUGUUACAGAGUCCACCUCAGUAGGUGUGCUGCUGACAAACCUCAUCAGGGGGAAUCUGCUUCCCUCUGCUCGCCUCUGGAUAACCACACGACCUGCAGCAGCCAAUCAGAUCCCUCCUGAGUGUGUUGACAUGGUGACAGAGAUCAGAGGGUUCACUGACCCACAGAAGGAGGAGUACUUCAGGAAGAGAUUCACAGAUGAGGAACAGGCCAGCGGAAUCAUCUCCCACAUCAAGACAUCCCGAAGUCUCCACAUCAUGUGCCACAUCCCAGUCUUCUGCUGGAUCACUGCUACAGUUCUGGAGGACAUGUUGAAGACCAGUGAGGGAGGAGAGCUGCCCAAGACCUUGACUGAGAUGUACAUCCACUUCCUGGUGGUUCAGACCAAAGUGAAGAGAGUCAAGUAUGAUGGAGGAGCUGAGACAGAUCCACACUGGAGUCCAGAGAGUAGGAAGAUGAUCAAGUCUCUGGGAAAACUGGCUUUUGAGCAGCUGCAGAAAGGCAACCUGAUCUUCUAUGAAUCAGACUUGACAGAGUGUGGCAUCGAUAUCACAGCCGCCUCAGUGUACUCAGGAGUGUUCACACAGAUCUUUAAAGAGGAGAAAGGACUGUACCAGGACAAGGUGUUCAGCUUCGUCCAUUUGAGUGUUCAGGAGUUUCUGGCAGCUCUUCAUGUACAUCUGACAUUCAUAAACUCUGGUGUCAAUCUUCUGUCAGAAGAAGAAACAACCUCCCGGCUGCCUAAAGUCUUCAGAGACAGACCAAAACUAAAACAUCUCUACCAGAGUGCUGUGGACAAGGCCUUACAGAGUCCAAAUGGACACCUGGACUUGUUCCUCCGCUUCCUCCUAGGUCUUUCACUGCAGACCAAUCAGAAUCUCCUACAAGGCCUGCUGACACAGACAGGAAGUAAUUCUAAGACCAAUCAGAGAACAAUCCAGUACAUAAAGAAGAAGAUCAGUGAAGAUCAGUCUCCAGAGAGAACCAUCAAUCUAUUCCACUGUCUGAAUGAACUGAAUGAUCAUUCUCUAGUGGAGGAAAUCCAACGGUCCCUGAGAUACGGAACUCUUUCCAAAAGUCAUUUUUCUCGUGCUCAGUGGUCAGCUCUGGUCUUCAUCUUACUGUCAUCAGAAAAAUAUCUGGACGUGUUUGACCUGAAUAAAUAUGGUGCUUCAGAUGAGGCUCUUCUGAGGCUGCUGCCAGUGGUCAAAGCUUCUAACAAAGCUCUGCUGAGUCAUUGUAACCUGUCAGAGAGAAGCUGUGAAGAUCUGUCCUCAGUUCUCAGCUCCGAGUCUAAUCUGAGAGAGCUGGACCUGAGUUACAACAACCUGCAGGAUUCAGGAGUGAAGCUGCUGUCUGUAGGACUUCAGAGUCCAAAAUGUACACUGGAAACUCUCAGAAUGGCUGACUGUAACCUUUCAGAGAGAAGCUGUGAAGCUGUGUUGUCAGUUCUUAGCUCCGAGUCCUCUAGUCUGAGAGAUCUAGACCUGAGUAACAAUGACCUGCAGGAUUCAGGAGUGAAGCUGCUUUCUGAUGGACUUCAGAGUCCACAGUGUACAUUGGAAACUCUCAGUCUGUCAGGCUGUUUGAUAUCAGCGGAAGGCUGUACUUCUCUGGCCUCAGCUCUAAGCUCAAACCCCUCCCAUCUGAGAGAGCUGGACCUGAGCUACAAUCAUCCAGGAGAGUCAGUGAAGCUGAUGUCUGCUGGACUGGAAGAUUCAAACUGGAGACUGGAAACUCUCAGGGUGGACCAUUGUGGAGAGCAGAGGUUGCAACCUGGUGUGAGGAAGUAUUUCUGUGAACUCACAGUGGACACAAACACAAUGAGCAGACAAGUCAAACUGUCUGACAACAACAGGAUGAUGACAGCAGUGAGAGAGGAGCAGCCAUAUCCUGAUCUUCCAGAGAGGUUUGACUCCUUCAUUGAGCUGCUGUGUAGAGAUGGUCUGACUGGUCGUUGUUACUGGGAGGUCGAGAGGAGCGGAGAUGUUCGUGUAGCAGUGAGUUACAAAGGAAUCAUGAGGAAAGGACUCAGGGAUGACUGUUUGCUUGGAUGUACUAAUCAGUCGUGGAUUCUGAUGUGCGUUGGUGAUUGUUACUGUGUUGGACACAAUAACGUUCCAACGUUCCUCCCUGUCUUCUCCUCCUCCUCUGUCUCUGAUAGAGUAGCAGUGUAUGUUGACUGUCCUGCUGGCAUUCUGUCCUUCUACAGAGUCUCCUCUGACUCACUGAUCCACCUCUACACCUUCAACACCACAUUCACUCAACCUCUUUAUCCCGGGUUUUCAUUCGGGUAUGGUUCCUCAGUGUCUCUGUGUUCUCUGAAGGAGACUUCCGGUACUUUGGUUUAAAUGUUGAUGGGGGACGAUGCUUCACUUUGGUUCACAUUUGGCUCACUGAUUGUGUCUUUAAUGACAGAAAUCUUCUUCUUAGAAAUGAUGAAAUGCUCUCCUCAGGGCAGAAAUUGUUGUGUGCAAAUUAUGUUGACUUUGAUCACAUUUUAAUAUCUGUAGUGAAUGUCAUUAACUUCAGUUUGUAUUUGUCUUUGUAUUUGAAUUUAUUUUAAGGAUCCCCAUUACUUA